CUCCUAAAUUCAUAAUUAAUUCUUCCGGGUAACAUAAAUGGAGGUAUCAAGUCCAGCCUGAAUGUGGUUUACUAGUCAAACACAGAGCAAUAUUUUCUCUAAUUAUCAUAUUGGGUGGCUGAAUUAGUAAUCAAGAAGCCAACUCAGAUGAGAGAAAAUCGAAUAAGUCUGCUCUUCGAGGCUGCUUAGAUGUGAAUUGCCAACUUGGAGAGGGUGCCCAAGGAAGUAUAUACUUGGUGACAUAUGGUGAGUCUGAGAAAUUUGCCCUUAAAGUAUGACGAAAGAAAACUAGUCUAAAAUGAGCGAGAAACUAUUCAAUUCAAAAUAGUUUUAAAGCUAUCGAAAUUUUGAACGAGGUCAAAAUAUUAGACAGUCUGAACCCUGCCUUUAUAAUAGAGUUCUUUGAGAAAUUUGAAACGGAGAACUAUAACUCUUUCCUGCUCGAGUUUUGCCAAGGAGGGGACUUACUACCCGACAUGCACCCCUUGAUUUAUACUGUAUACCACCUUCAGAAGGUCAACGAACAAGAAAUAAAAUUUUCAGAGUCGAGUGUUAAAUUCUAUAUUAGCUGCCUUGCUCUUGAGCUUGACUAUAUUCAUAGUAAAGGCUUUGUAUAUAGAGAUCUUAAGCCGGAAAAUGUCCUCCUGGACAAAUAUGGGUACCCCAAGAUCUGAGAUUUUGAAAUUGUCAAACGAGAAGUUUAUGGAAAAGAGGUGGACUGGUGGAGUCUUGGUAUCCUAACUUAUGAGUUUCCUUUUUAAUGAAACCCCGUUUGAAGAUGACAAUAUAUUCGUGGAGCAUGAAAACAUAAAGACUAAAGAACCCUCUUAUUGCACUAGGAAUGAUCUUAGUACUGAAUGUAUCGAGUUUAUAUCUCAGCUAUUAUCCAAGGAUCAGAAUAAUAGACUUGGUAAGAAUGGAAUAAAAGACUUUAUUGUCCAUCCCUGGCUUGAGGAUAUUGACUUUAAGGAGCUUGAGCACCAAAACUCAGAGCCUCCAUAUCCGAUUGAAGGAGUGUCUCCUUCAGAAACACAUUUCUUCUGUGAAGAAUACACUCAGAAGAUGCUUGAUUACCAGCUCGUACAGGAGAUCAGCUAAGUCGAGUUUCAUCAUAUCUUAUUAUAUAAUUAACGAGUCUCAUUC